UCAGGGUCUGGCAGGAGGCGGCACGGGAGGCGCUCUCCAGGCCUCCUUCGUACCGCUCAGAGGAGGGCGUCCGUCCGUCCGUCCGUCCCAAAGGGGUUCCCCUCACCCUUGCAGCUGGGGUCUGUCUGGAGUCUUAGAAAAUGGCCGGAAGUCGCGACUGCGCUAGCGAGCAGCUGAAGCGCUGGCAAGAGCAGCGAGGCUCGCAGAAACCUGAUGCCUUGACCACAGGAGCAGGAAUCCCAGUGGGAGACAAGCUAAAUGUCAUGACGGUGGGCCCACGAGGCCCUCUCUUGGUCCAGGAUGUGGUUUUCACUGAUGAGAUGGCACACUUUGACCGAGAAAGGAUUCCUGAAAGGGUUGUGCAUGCCAAAGGAGGAGGAGCUUUUGGCUAUUUUGAAGUUACUCAUGAUAUCACCAAAUAUUGCAAAGCAACGAUAUUUGAACAUAUUGGGAAAAGAACUCCACUUGCUAUUCGGUUUUCUACUGUCGCUGGAGAAUCAGGCUCAGCUGAUACAGUUCGUGACCCUCGAGGCUUUGCAAUAAAAUUCUAUACAGAGGAUGGUAACUGGGACCUUGUGGGGAAUAACACACCUAUCUUCUUUAUUAGAGAUACCAUGCUGUUUCCAUCUUUUAUCCAUACCCAAAAAAGGAACCCUCAGACUCAUCUGAAGGAUCCAGAUAUGGUAUGGGACUUCUGGAGUCUUCGUCCUGAGUCUCUGCACCAGGUGUCGUUUCUUUUCAGUGAUCGUGGCAUUCCUGAUGGAUUCCGUCAUAUGAAUGGCUAUGGAUCACAUACAUUUAAGCUGGUAAAUGCUAGUGGAAAAGCAGUGUACUGCAAAUUUCAUGCUAAGACUGAUCAGGGAAUAAAAAACCUUUCUGUUGAAGAAGCUGGAAGACUGGCCUCUGAAGACCCUGACUAUGCCCUGCGUGAUCUUUAUAAUGCUAUUGCAAAUGGAAACUAUCCAUCUUGGAGUUUCUAUAUUCAGGUUAUGACAUUUGAACAAGCUGAGAAAUUUCCAUUCAAUCCUUUUGAUGUAACUAAGGUUUGGCCUCACAAAGAUUAUCCUCUCAUCCCUGUGGGAAAACUUACCUUGAGCAGAAAUCCUACCAAUUAUUUUGCUGAGAUAGAACAAAUUGCAUUUGACCCAAGCAACAUGCCUCCAGGGAUUGAACCAAGCCCUGAUAAAAUGCUACAGGGUCGUCUUUUUGCCUAUCCGGAUACCCAUAGACAUCGUUUGGGACCCAACUAUCUUCAGAUUCCUGUAAACUGUCCAUACCGAACUCGGGUGGCCAACUACCAGAGAGAUGGGUUUAUGUGCCUGAGUGACAACCAAGGUGGUGCCCCAAAUUAUUAUCCAAACAGUUUUACUGGCCCAGAAGAUCAGCCUGAUUUAAAGGAGACCCGCAGUUAUAUUUCGGGUGAUGUGCAGCGCUUCAACAGUGCAAAUGAGGAUAAUGUGUCUCAAGUGCGAGACUUUUAUACCAAAGUACUGAAGGAGGAAGAACGUGAGAGGCUCUGUGAAAACAUUGCUAGCCAUCUUAAGGAUGCUCAACUUUUCAUUCAGAAGAAAGCGGUGAAAAACUUUACUGAUGUUCACCCUGAGUAUGGUGCACGCAUUCAAGCCCACUUGGACAGAUACAAUGCUAAAGGUGGCAACAAGGAUUGUGUGCGUAGCUAUACACAAACUUCAGGCCAUCUUAUUGGACAGGAAAGAUCAAAUUUGUAAAUCCUUUGAUCUUUGAUUACCAGUCCCACUGGUAAUACCUUUAUGACACCGAAUUUACAUCCGUCCAACUGGAAAAUAAGCUGUGGAAGGCCUUAACAAAUAUGAAAGCUUUCUGUGUUUUACUGAAACUUCUUUUAUACUGGCAACUGUAAUGCAAAAAAAAAAAAAAAAAUCAAAUCUGCAUUUGAAUUUGUGAUUAAAAAUUAAUUGAAUAAUAGCCUGAUGACUUGUAAUGCUAUCUGUCUGCACUUGUAAAGCUGCAUCUAUGCUGACAAUAACUUUUAAGUGAUAUCUCUGAUGUCCAUGACUUUUCCUUGUAUUUGCAAAUUAAUCAAAACUUUGAUUUGCUUUACUGUUUUAUUCUUCUCCCUCAGAGGAGGGCAAAUGUGAACUUUCCGAUGUUUUGCCUAACAUACCUCAUCACCCAUAGCUGUUGGUAAGGGAUGAUGAAAGUUGUAGACUAAAACAGCUAGAGAACCAAAAGUCAGCUACUGCUUUUACAACCUUGCAUUUAUUUACCCAACAAUUAUCUAAUGUUACAGAUAUCUCUUAAAUUUUACUAGCAGUGCAAAGCUCUGUAUGUCAGUAGUAAGUUAGAUCCUUAUUUUACAUGUAUUAAUAUUAAAUAAUAGCAAUUUCUUUAAAAUACUCAUACCUACUAUGCAAUUCUUUUGAUUAAAAACCAUAUUGUUUGAGUUAAUUUGUCAUGCUUUUAAAAAUCAUUGAUACAAUUCCUCUUGGAUGAAAAAAUACACAUAAGUGCAAAUCUUACCUUGUACUGGUGCUAAAAUGCAUGUUUUCUUUGAGACAGGAUGAAUUUCAACUAUGUAUUUCAAAGAGUGGAUUUGAAAAUUUAUAUUGGAUUAUACUGACAAUACUUAAUCUAAAGUUAAAUUCUACAAUAAAUUACACUAAAUUACUACA